UCUGCUUACUCCCCCUUGCAGUUCUAUUCUUCUCCUUUCCCUCCCUCGGUCCCGCUCUUUCCCUCUCUGUCGUUUUUUUUGAAAAACGAGAGCCUUUGUGUGACUCCAUUUUUAGCUCGCCUUUGCUAUGCUGUGCACAUUGUCACCCAGUGGAAAAGUGAGGGGUGGCAGUGGGUUUGGUCCACAGGAAACAGAUCACUCCUUUUGCAUGCAGAGCUCCGAGGGAGGGUCCGACACCACGACCAGCGUGGCAUCGCUGCGAACGUCAUCAUCUGCCCAGGCCCCUGUGGUCCAGCCUGUCCCAGCCUCCCAACAGAGGGUGCUGGUUCAAGCCACAGGCUCAGCUCAGAAGGGAGGACAAGUACAGCAGCUUUCAGUACCCAGGGUUCAACAGGUCCCUCAGCAGGUGCAGCAGGUUCAGCAUGUUUACCCAUCCCAGGUCCAGUACGUCGGAGAAAGUGGAGAGGCCGUUUACACCAAUGGAACAAUCCGAACAGCCUACUCCUACAACCCCGAGGCUCAGCUCUACGGGCAGAGCAGCGGAGGAGCCUACUUUGACUCUCAGACCGGUGGAGCCCACGUGACCACCGUGGUGUCGUCUGCCAGCGGCGGGGUGCCCUCUCACGGCAUGGUGGGCAUCGCCAUGGACGUGGGCAGCAGCCACAUCAUCUCCAGUGGCAGCACGUACCUGAUCCACGGAGGGAGCAUGGAGGGAAGCCGCAACCACAUCUCACACUCCUCUCGCUCCUCCUCAGCUAUGCUUGAAAUGGCGAUUGAAAACCUCCAAAAGUCUGAUGGAAUUGCAAGUCACAAAAGCAGCCUGCUCAACAGCCAUCUGCAGUGGCUGCUGGACAACUAUGAGACCGCCGAGGGAGUGAGCCUGCCCCGGUGCUCGUUGUAUAACCAUUACUUGCGGCACUGUCAGGAACAGAAACUGGAUCCGGUCAACGCGGCGUCCUUCGGGAAACUCAUACGCUCAGUCUUCAUGGGCCUUCGGACCCGCCGCCUCGGCACCAGAGGCAACUCGAAGUAUCAUUACUACGGCAUCCGGGUGAAGCCGGAUUCACCGCUCAACCGCUUGCAGGAGGACACUCAGUACAUGGCCAUGAGGCAGCAGCCUGUCCACCAGAAACAGAGAUUCAAGCCUCUACAGAAGGUGGACGGUAUGUCUGACAGUUUGUGUGGGAGCUCUCAACAUUGUAACAGCACUCCAGAGCAGUCGGUGGCUGCUCAGAGUCAACAUCACCAGCAGUACAUCGAUACCUCCCACACCCUGCCUCCGUUUCCCACCCCUGACUUGGGCACUCAGCCUCUGCCGGAGCGCAUCAACAUGAAUGAUAUCAAGAAGCUGCAGACGCUCUACAGAGACCACUGCGAGGCUACUCUGGAUGUGGUGAUGAACCUUCAGUUCCACUACAUUGAGAAACUCUGGCAGACCUUUUGGUAUUCAACACCGCCAUCUAGUGACGGAAGCACCACCAUCACCAACAGUGAUGAUGACUUGGAAGGCAUGAUCCCCAGAGAGAAGCUGGUGUCUCUGUGUAAAUAUGAACCGGUCCGACUAUGGAUGAGGAGCUGUGACCACAUCCUGUACCAGGCUCUGGUGGAGAUCCUCAUCCCUGAUGUGCUGCGUCCUGUUCCUAGUACUCUCACUCAGGCCAUCCGUAAUUUUGCCAAGAGUCUGGAGGGAUGGCUGACGAACGCCAUGACCAACUUUCCUCAAGAGAUUAUUCGCACCAAGGUGGCGGUGGUCAGCGCCUUCGCCCAGACGCUGAGGCGUUACACCAGUCUCAACCACCUGGCCCAGGCAGCCCGCGCCGUCCUCCAGAACACCUCCCAGAUCAACCAGAUGCUCUCCGACCUCAACAGAGUGGACUUCGCCAACGUCCAGGAGCAGGCGUCGUGGGUUUGUCAGUGCGAUGAGAGCGUGGUCCAGCGUCUGGAGCAGGACUUUAAAGUCACCCUGCAGCAGCAGAGCUCUCUGGACCAGUGGGCCACCUGGCUGGACAACGUGGUCUCUCAGGUCCUGAAACCACACCAGGGCAGCCCCAGCUUCCCCAAGGCCGCACGCCAGUUCCUGCUCAAGUGGUCGUUCUACAGUUCCAUGGUGAUCCGAGACCUGACCUUGCGCAGUGCAGCCAGUUUUGGGUCCUUCCACCUCAUUCGUCUGCUUUAUGACGAGUACAUGUUUUACCUGGUGGAACACCGUGUGGCGCAGGCCACCGGAGAAACUCCUAUCGCUGUUAUGGGAGAGUUCAGUGACCUGAGCUCUAUGAUGCCGUCUCUAAUGGAGAAAGACACGUCCUUCUCUGAUGAGAUGAGCGACCUGGGCAGCGACGCCGACGCCUCCCGAGGACCGACCGAACCCGCCGUCAAGAGAGAGCGCAUCGAGCUGAGCCACCCUCUGCAGGAGAUGUGAGUCCGGUCCAACAGGGCCGCGCUGAAGACCACGAGGACCCGCAUCUGUCUGAAAGAGGUGGCCCUUCAGUAGCUCUGGGACCCCCCCAUCCCAACCCCCACCCCUCCCUCGGGAUGUGGGGGCGUUCAGCUCAGCACGCUGCGUCCUUCUGCAGUAAGUGCGUGCAAUGUACAUAGAUGGAGUAGCAAAGCCAGUCCUGCCCUGAGAGGGACGGAGCUGAGGAGGAG